GCAGCAAGAGGGCUCAGGGCCCGGCCCAUCACCUGAUCACCUCUGUCUCCGUGUCCCUUCCCAUCCCCAUCUCCGAAUCGAAUCGAUCUCCUCGUUUCGACGACUCGUCUCCUUCCUCGUCAUCUCCAAGUUCACCAGCUCCCCCUCCUCGCCUGCUCGCCUAGGGUUUCGAUUCGGAUCUCGCCGCCGUCGCCAUGGAUGACCCCUACAUCGACGAGGACGGCGAGCCGCUCAUGGACCCCUACGACACGCGCGACCCCUCCCCCGAGCCCCAGCAGCAGCCCUACGACGACCUCGAGGACGACCUCGGCGACGACUGGAACCGCGGCCGCUCCCCGACCCCCGUGCACGGCGACGACGGGGCCGGCUCCUCCUCCAAGCCUCGGAAGCGCCUCCUGAAGAAGGGCGGCGGGGGAGGUGGAGGCGGCGGCGGCCAUGGGAUGCCCAGCGACGGGCUGGAUGACUGGGGCGAGGAGGCGGCGGGGUUGGCGGAUGACGAUGUGGACCCCGAGGCGGAUGCCGCGAAGAAGAGGAAGGGGUCGUCGGCGCUCAGGGACCUCGCGAGGGGCGGCGGGAAGGAGAAGAAGGAGAAGAAGAGGAGGAAGGAGGAUGGGAGGGAGAGGGAGGGCGGCAGGGGAAUGGGGAUGGCAAGGGAGAAGAGAGGCGGCUCUGGUGGGAAGGGCUUUGGCGGCGGUGGUGGCGGCGGGCAUGGGGACCAGGAUGAAGGGGAGAGGGAGAUCCAGGAGCUAUGGGAUACCAUCGCCGGGGGUGACUCCGAGGAUGACCAAGAAGGUGUCAGAACCUUAGAUGAUGAUAACUUCAUUGAUGAUACUGGGGUUGAUCCAGCUGACCGUUAUGGCAGCGAUAAUGAUGGCCACUCACCUCGGCAUUACCCUCAGGCAGAGGAAGGGGAAGAGGAUGAUGAAAUUGAGCGGCUCUUUAAGGGUGGGAAGAAGAAGAAAAAGAACGAUCGACCUCGUGCUGAUAUUGGUCUUAUAGUGGAACAAUUCAUUGCUGAGUUUGAAGUGGCAGCUGAAGAAGAUGCCAACUUAAAUAGGCAAUCAAAACCAGCUAUUAAUAAACUUAUGAAGCUUCCACUACUCAUAGAUGUACUCUCAAAGAAGAAUCUCCAGCAGGAAUUCCUUGAUCAUGGAGUUCUCACUCUUCUAAAAAAUUGGCUUGAACCUUUGCCUGAUGGUAGCUUGCCAAAUAUGAAUAUUCGAACAGCUGUUCUGAAAUUAUUAACUGAUUUUCCAAUUGAUUUGGAGCAAUACGAUAGAAGGGAGCAGCUUAAAAAAAGUGGUCUUGGGAAGGUCAUUAUGUUUUUGUCAAAAUCUGAUGAGGAGACUACUUCUAAUAGAAAGCUGGCCAAGGAACUUGUUGAUAAAUGGAGUCGACCAAUAUUCAACAAGAGCACACGAUUCGAGGAUAUGAGGAGAUAUGAUGAUGAAAGAGCUCCUUACAGGCGACCACAAAUGAAGAAGCCUUCAUCAAGUAGUUCUGGAAUGGAAUCCAGGGACGAUGAUCUUGAUGCUGACUUCUCUCAGCGCAAGUCUGGGCAAGGUGGUGCAAGGCAGCAUGCUUCUAGGCCAGAAGCAUCACCCUUGGACUUUGUUAUUCGCCCGCAGUCCAAAAUUGAUCCCGAACAAAUUAGGGCUCGUGCUAAGCAGGUUGUCCAAGACCAGCGCCGGCUAAAGAUGAACAAGAAAUUGCAGCAGCUGAAAGCACCAAAGAAGAAAAACCUUCAGGCGUCAAAACUCAGUGUUGAAGGGCGUGGAAUGAUCAAGUACUUGUAAAAUAUCCACUUCGAAGCACUUCGAAGUUCUUGCAUGGUUGCAUCCACAGCGCCACUGCAAAGCAGUGUCUGCAUUGGGCCACGGAAGCAGUAUCAAGUACCCUACCUCUAUCGGGGAGCGAAUGGUUUAGCCUUGAAUAAUUUCUUGGAUAAUCUUGGACUGUUGAUCCAAGCUCUUUCCAUUCUGGUAGGGUGCUAUAUGUGAGCUUGAGAGACAUGGUGAUUCGGGCACUAUUUAUAACAAAGGUUUAUACUAUUGUUGGUCAUGAUGGAUAUAUUGUGUUUAAAGAAGAAUGAUGGUGCCUCUACUGUAUACAUGUUUAUCAUGCUUUACAGCAAAAUCUGAUCGGGCUGUAACUUUUAUUUGAUUGAAGUUCCUGACCUUUGUACUAAGACUAAAGACAUGAAAGUCUUGCUGUGGAAUAAACAUAUUGCGACAACAGAAUUGUGCUUACGGCACCCAA